AUGCAGAAGAGGAUGGGCGAGGCGGUGGCACGGGUGGCCCGGAAGGUGAACGACACGGUGGAGAACAAAACGGAUUCCCUGGAUCUGGCCAACUGCAAGCUGAUGACCUUCCCUGUUGGCAUCUACAAAGCCAUGAGGACCGUCACUGAGGGGAUCCACCGCAUUUCCCUGGCAAACAACGAGCUUAAGUCCAUCACCAGCCGAUUCGUCACCACCUUCAGCCAGCUGAGAGAGCUCAACCUGGCAGGCAACUAUCUGCACCGCCUGCCUGAGGAGGUCACUUCCCUGCUGCACCUCCAGACCAUCAACCUCUCCCGCAACAGAUUUCGGCGUUUCCCUGAGCCCUUGGCCACCAUCACCACACUGGAGACCAUUGACCUGGAAGAGAACGAGAUCACAG